UUAUUGUUCUGGUGUUUGUUAUUGUAUUGAGCCACGCUCCUGUCGAACAAAUUGGAGUCUAAUCUCCCUCGACCCAUGUUUCGGUUGCACGAAGGGUCUGUGUGCGUGUUAGCGGCCAUUUCUAAAUUCUCCCAUUCAUUUGACGGGUAAAUUCUAACUAAAAUAUAACUAGUACAGUAGUAAGGGUGGCCGAUUAAGAGCAAUUGGAAGGAAGAACAUGAACACAAUCCCGGACCUACGUACUUAAUCCAAUAAUUCAUGUAUUGCACCUGUUAAUGAUCAUCGUCCUCUCAAUAUCAUUAAUUUGGAAAUGUAAAUGGGAUUUUGUCAGCGCGCUUUCACAUUGCAAUAGGAAUGCUGCACAUUGCUGCUAUUGCAAUCUGAAACUUCUUUCAAAAUAUCUGCAAGAGUAAGUACGGUACAGACGGACAGGAACGAUUAAAAAAAGACUUGAGUACCUGAAGUGAUGUUAACAAAAGCUACACAAAGGAAGCACCACGCAAGACUUUUAAAUGAGUUCCUAGCUAGAUUGUGUGCGCCUUGAUGUUUACUCCGGAGAUAAUUUGUUAAACGUCUCUUUUGUAUGAAAAUAGCAAUAUUUAAUCAUUAAAUCGAAAAUGUUGAUAUGUCGACUAUAGCACAGAAACCUACAGUGCAGUUACCUGCACUCUGCACAGAAAGGAGUUUAUGAAUAUUUAAUUACCGCGCUCUGAAUAAUUUUUAAUCUAAUUUCAUUUCCACACGUUCAUCGAACUAUUACAAAAUGAUACUAAACAAACAUGUACUGUAUUUGGUUUUGGUUUGCUAUCGGCGGAGGCGACGUUUCUCCGACGCUGAAGCGGACGUGGAAAUUCGGGAAAGAUUCAGCAGCAGGCCGGCCAGUCCUUUCAUACUGGUUUCAAAAGCAGCGAAGCCUCAAGCGACGCCAACUGCUCAGUGCAUUCAGAUUUAAAACAAGCCCUGGGGCAACAUCCCUGGACUGUGGAAAGGGUAGAAAAAACCUAACAGCGCAGCGAUUGCCGGCUUCCACCGUCCAGACGUCCCUCAAACUUUCACCAAGUUAUCUUGCUGCAAGAUUGGAACAAAGUCCAGACUGAAAUUGAUGUUAUUUUAUGUGCUUCUUUUCUACGUAUAAAAGGAGAUCUUUUAAAAAUUGUGUUUAUUUUCUGUAAAAUAUCAACGGUUAAUCUGCAUUACGAAUAGCCUGUGUCUUUUUAGCCCCUAUCCUUGGGCUUUGGACGAUUUACACCCCCCCCCCCCUCCCCAGCUGCAGUCACUUUGCAUCCGGUAUGUGAGAAGCUGCGAGCAGUGAGAGCUGAGGAGCGCGCUGACAAGUCUUAAUAAACAAUGUGCAAAACGUAUUUAUAUCGUCUCUGGCUUUUCUUUGUAAAUGUCUCGAUUCGGCUCCUUCGCUACUUUCCUCUCCCUCCCAGAUCAGGAGUUGUUCCAUUUGACACAGGAAGUGCGCGUCCCCGGAGCCGUGUCGGGGACGCGCGGCGCUCGUUCACGCUCGGCUGAUUAGAGAUUUGCUGAUAUUUAAUAGAAGAGAAAGCCCGGACUCAGUGAGAGAGACAGAAAGAGAGAGAAGGAGAGAGAGAGAGAAAAUCGGACCCAAUCCUUUCCUCCAACUCCUAUAGCUUGGUUUCCUCUUUCAAACAUAUCCCCGACAGACGGAUCUUUAUGGAUUUUGGGCUCGUUUUCUCCUAAUUCUUUGGAGUGUGUUCCGAUUGAAACAAAAAUAGAAACAAGAAACUGGGAUUGUUCGGGAUUUGGUGUCCCUAGAUCGCACAGAUGUUGGUGCACACAUACGCUGCAAUGGAUCGGCACGAUGGGAUGAACGGUAGCCACAGUGCCCGCCUCGCCCAGCUCGGCUCCAUGAGCCAGGCGCCCUACUCCACGGCCCCGCCGCUCUCGCACACCCCAUCCUCGGACUUCCAGCCGCCUUAUUUCCCGCCGCCCUACCAGCCUCUGCCCUACCCCCAGAGCCAGGAGCCGUACGCUCACGUCAACGACCCUUACUCUCUGGCCAGCCCCCUGCACCAACCCCAGCAACACCCGUGGCAACAGAGGCAGCGUCAGGAGGUGGCGGCUGAACAGGGCAUCCUGCAUCAAGCCCGAGGUCUCUCCCAGUUGUCAAGCCUCGACCACCGCCGGGAUUACCAUGGGAUCCGGCGGCCUGACGUGCUGCUCCACUCCGGCCACGGCCUCGACGCCAACCAUGGACUGGUGGACACACUCGCUCUUCAUGCCCUCAAUCAUCACGGAUUGGACGAUGUACAGGCCGUGGAUGAUAACGGCAGCUCUGGGAUGAAUAUAUUGGACCAGUCGGUAAUUAAAAAAGUUCCAAUGCCGAUUAAAGCAAAUGGUGGUUCACUUUCUUCAAGCAUGCAAAAGGAUGGCUUGAUUGGAGGAGUGACAAACCCAAAUGAAGUGUUCUGCUCCGUCCCAGGCCGUCUGUCACUGCUUAGUUCUACGUCCAAGUACAAAGUGACUGUGGGAGAGGUUCAGAGGCGCCUGUCACCACCAGAGUGUUUGAACGCAUCACUACUCGGAGGCGUGCUCAGGAGAGCAAAGUCAAAAAAUGGAGGAAGAUCUUUGAGAGAAAAAUUGGAAAAGAUUGGAUUGAAUUUGCCUGCAGGAAGGCGCAAAGCAGCCAACGUUACCUUACUCACCUCACUUGUCGAAGGAGAGGCUGUGCACUUGGCCCGGGAUUUUGGGUAUGUUUGUGAGACUGAGUUCCCUGCAAAGGCAGCAGCAGAGUUCCUGACCCGACAACAUUCAGACCCAGCUGAGCUCCAUACUCGAAAAAAUAUGCUGCUUGCUACCAAGCAGAUCUGUAAAGAGUUCACAGAUUUAUUGGCUCAGGACCGAUCUCCUUUGGGAAACAGCCGCCCCUCAGCAAUCCUGGAAGAGGGAGUCCAGAGCUGCCUGACUCACUUCAGCCUGAUUACACAUGGCUUUGGGAGUCCUGCCAUCAUCGCUGCAUUAACUGCCUUCCAGAAUUACCUGGUGGAGGCUCUAAAGGGGCUGGAUAAGAUGUUUCUGAGCUCAUCCAACAGCCACCCCCCGGGGGAAUCUGGGACUAAAAGCACAGAAAAAGAGGCCAAACAUCGGAAAUAACCAGGGACAGAUGGCAUGGACCAAACUGUUCUAAUUAUUAAAGAGAUUAAACAGUCAUUCAACGUGCAAUUAAAAAAAAGGACAAAAAAAAUCAUCAGGAUUGUGUGGAGGUGACUGCACAGUGACAACUUUCUAAUUGAGGUGAGAAAGCAAGGAAGAAGCAGGAGAAGAGAAUUAGCCUGGUUUUGUCCGGACCAAAUAAGGCCUCGGCUUGGGCUGAUCUCAAUCAGUGAUAUGCACAUUGAAUUACUUUGGGACAAUUGAUCCAGAAUUUGGAACAUUAACAUGGCAAGACAUUGAUAAAGCACAAGCUUGGAGCAUCAGCCUCAGCAGAACGAGCAAAUAGUGUUCCAUAUGUAUAUAUUUAUUUAUGUGUAAUUAAAUGGGAACUUUAAAUAGACCCACGCAAGCUAUUUAUCUGCUGACCUGGUUUUCUGCUGUGAGUUAUAGGAGAUGAAGACUUGGUUUUAGAUUUGUUUUUUAACUUGAGGGUUCAGGCACAGGAUAAGGGCAGAUUGGCAGUAUCUGUGUAUAGGUUAUUGUAUUUUCUUGUGGAAGUGAUGCACAGAGGAAUAUUUGUGAAUGUGUUCCUGAACCAUAUUUUGAAAUGGUGGCGUAUGAGGUACGAGGUUAUAAAUCUCUUAAUUUGUUUGUCUAGAGUGUUUCAUAAAUUGUUGAAUAAAUUGUGCUGCUAUACAGAACAAUUCUAUUAUAUAUUUCUUUCAUGUAAUGAAAGCACGGUUGUCAGGACUUCGCAAAAAAAGGUUUAAGCUGAACCAAUGUUUAAGUUUUAAACCCAUGAGGCACUCUGUCUUGUUAAUAAAAGAAAAUGAUUUAAACGGUGCUAAACUUUAAAUGUUCACUUCAGUUGACUUAUUUUUCCUUAAAACCUACAAUCUAGUGCAAUUAACACAAUCUUUUAGUUUUAAUCUGGCAGUUUCAACAAUGACCUGAAUUAAACAUGAUUCUGUUUGACACCCAUACUAGGGCAAAUUCUUCACUGUUGGUGUGAUCAAUAUGGAGUUACCAGCAUGAGAUGGCUUAAUUACCUACCCUACUUCACUGUGUAAAGAACAAUUGUGAAAACAGUAAAUAGGGUGGGUCAUAUCAUCAAAUCAGUAGCAGAACAAUUGGGCAACUUAUCAGACAAAGCAGGAAACAACCCAUAGGCAAAAGAGCUGUUGUGACUUUUCUCUUGAAAUCUGCACUGCAUUUCUGGAUAGAGAUUAUCCCCAGACCCUUAUUCCAUUCUUGUAAUUGUGAAGAGGAAUACCUAGCAUUAAAAUAACAGAAUAUUGCCUGCUGAUAAAUCAAAUGUUCAAAUAGAUAAUUGCUGCAAAAUAAUUGAAAUGGAAUAUUUCCCUUUUACAGUGAAAUAUAAGGCCUCACUACCCUCCCCUAGGAACAUGCAGCCCUAAGUGCUAUGUAAGAGGGUGCAUUUUAACAUUCCAUUGGUUCCACCAGGCUUGAAGAACAAUUAAUCUGGAGUUCCCCCAAGAUAUAAGCUCACCCUAUGUACUUUCAGAAAGCACCGUAAAAAAAAACACAGUACUGUGAAACUAAGCAAAAACAAUUCUCAGGAAGAAUUUAUAUUGUUUCAUGUUCUCUGCUGUUGAAUCAAUAUUGUUGAAUUAACCCUGUCCAGUCUUGUUAAACAUUAACCCUUAUCAAAACUCUCUUUACAUUUAAGAAGCAAUGGCAUUGAAGCAUAUUGUAUGAAUUCAACUCAGGUGUUUUAGUCCAUCUGUCUAUUUUCCAUAAAAAGAUAGGUAUAAGAAUUGGUGGCAUGCUGAAUCAGAAGAAGUUUACAUAGAACAUAGAACAAUACAGCACAGAACAGGCCCUUUGGCCCACGAUGUUGUGCCGA